AUGCCGUCCGAGGAGACGGAAGACGAAGAGGAGACUCCGGUCAAAAUGUGGUUCAACGUCAUUUCAUUAUCUGCUCGUAAAAAGAUCUGCGGCCCUUACAGGCUAAGGAGACUGUUUUUACAUAGAUCAGCCAAUGAUGUUUUGUUCCAUGUUGCAGUUCCAGAUAUCCGCCCAUUGUCAGACGCCUUUAUGGAAGCUACAGAGCCACUUCCAUCUUCGACUAUGGCUUCUCCUGAUACACCAGGGCGAUCGAGUUUAUCUAGCGCCAGCACGGGGUUUACUUCACCAAUAGACCAGGAUUCACUGGCAGCCACGAAGGCUAUGCCAGAAGCAAGCCCGGAUACUGUGUCUGAUAUGUUGGGACAAAUGCGUGAUGGGGAGCUACUUCAGAAGAGGACAAUACAGCAAACACGACUCGCAGCAGGUGCCCUCUCCCCAGCCAAGAGCGAACAGCCAAAACGCAAGAGGGAAGAAGAAAGCUCCUCUGACGACGACAGCUCGAGUGACAGGCGACCAUCGAAGGUUUCCAAGUGUAGCGAGGACGACGUUCCCAGUCUUCAAUCUCACUCAUCGGAUGGGUUUGAAAACUACCAGCCGCAGCUCGAGUAUCUUCCCCUCAAGGUCUAUCAACAUAUUCUUCAAAAGCUAGAUUUGCUAGAUAUCAUUCAUCUUGGCCUCACAUCGCGGUUCUUUCUUAGGAUACUAGCGAUAUAUCUCCAGUCGAUUCUUACCAUCAACCUAGGACAAUUGGCAGGACAGAGUAUCAUAUGUCUUGGAGACGUGACUGGCCAAAACGACUUCCCUCCUGUGGUAUUUAACGACCCUCAGCUUAGAAGCAUCUUCGCCCCACACUUGCAUAAAUUGGUCGACACUGAUCACCCGACGCUGCCUGAGUUUUUACGUGAAUGUCGUCCCCUCCUUUCGCAUAGGCUUCGUACGCCUUCAGAUUGUGGGUUUCUCGAUUCAAAAUGGUUCAACGACGAGUUUUACAAGCUUCCUAUUACCGUUAUCGGCCAGAUGAUUGAACUACUCUGCCCAACGGAAGGUGACUUUUACCCACCAGGUGCUGAAUGGAUACUCCGGAAUAUCACCACAAAAGAGUAUGUUUACAAGCCGAAAAACGGACUGGGACUUGGCGAUGUUAUACUUUUCAAAGCAUCCUGGGCCAGCCAACCACCUACGGGGAUUCAAGUCAAUGUCGGGGCGCCAGUACACCGAGGUGCAUGGGCUGGUCACCGCUUCGAAAUAGUGCAACUGGAGCAUCAUGAACGCGAAAUGAUGGCAGAGACGACGGCUGAAACGAUUGCAGGUAGUUCAACUGAGAAACCUUGGACUGAUGUGACCACCGAAGUCAUCGAUGAGCUCGAGGAGAUGUGGGAAUUUGAGUGCGGCUCCUGUUGGAAAUCGCUUACCCGCCGGCCUGUGGGCUGA